AUGCGUUUCUUGGCAAUUUUACUCCUUUCGAUCUCAGCAAGUCUGGUAUCUGGCCAUGCCCGUAUCAAGUCGCCCAAGCCCCUCGACGCUCCUGUUGAGGACCCCACCGGUAACGCCUACAACGCACCUCUCAACCCAGAUGGUAGCGAUUUCCCUUGUAAACAGCUCCACAAGAAAGCGGGUGUUGAUAUGACACCCACUGAGUCAUGGGCUGCUGGGUCAAGUGCUUCUUUUGAAAUUCUGGGUCAUGUUACUUCCGGCGAGGGUGCUCUGGCAGCACACAGCGGAGGCAGUUGCCAAGCAUCGUUAUCCUACGACAACGGUACCACAUGGAGCGUGUUGAAGUCAUUCCACGGAGGGUGCCCAAGAGAUGUCGCUCUCAAUUCAAACUUGGCUGGACCCGAUCAGGUCUUCCCGUUCCCUAUCCCUGCCGAAGCCAAGGCCGGAGCCGCUCUUUUCGCCUGGACAUGGACAGCUGUAACCGGUAACCGUGACGAGUUUUAUAUGAACUGCGCAUCUGUUGAAAUUACUGGUUCCGGAACUAGCACACUUGCCGACUACCCAGCCAUGUUUGUCGGCGAUAUGAAUAUUCCCGGACAGAUUGCCACAGGAGAAUGCCGCAGCACAGCAGGAAAUGCUCUGUUGUACCCCAACCCUGGAACCGAAGUAGCAGAGGUCACAGUUGCCGGAAUUCCAUUCAAGGAACCGUCAGCAGGAAACUGCCACGCUCCCGGAAGUGCAGGAGGGUCUCCAGGUGCCAGUUCUUCUGUAGCUGUUCAGCCGACAGCCACCUCUAGCGCCGGUUCUGGAAAGACUUCUACUAUCGCUGUGCUGCCCACUUCUACUGCUAUCGUCGGAACUUCUACUAUCGCUGUGCUGCCCACUUCUACUGCUAUCGUCGGAACUUCUACUAUCGCUGUGCUGCCCACUUCUACUGCUAUCGUCGGAACUUCUACCAAGGGUUAUGGAUCUCCCGAUUAUGGCGCGACUACCAGCUCCCCGAGCGUACAGCCCACCACAUCUGUUGCCGUGGAUGUAGGCUCUAGCUCUGGCGACAAUGGCUUCAACACUCCCAUAGAAACCCCCACAGACUACAACCAGCAGCCAACCACUACCGCAGAUACAGUUGAAGCAACUGGUGCGCCAUGCAGUGACGGCCAAGGAAACGGACAGAUGACUCAAGCUCCCACUGGCGGAAAGUCGGGCGGCUCGGGUGGGUAUGGCAAAGGCGGUUCCCCAACUACCUUGGUCACUAUGACCUCCGCACCCCAGCCUUCUUCUUCAGCCGGUACAGAGGGUGUUCUUGGUGACAGCGAGGAGCUGGAUAGCGAAGGUACUGCUUCGACUACUGCUGCUGGCGGAUCUGGUAGCUACGGUGGUGGUUACGGUGGCGGUUACGGUGGUGGCUACAGACGUGCUAGACGCGCUCGCCGCUAG